CAGCACAGGCACUUUCUGUGGAGGUACUUCUGUCAAGCAUUCUGGUGCGUGAGUGAGGGAGUGAAGUUCUUUUGGUACGAUGUUCUUGAGAGAGUAGUUAUAGAGUCUUCUACAGUUAUAGAUUUAGUCUAAGGGUCUACUUCCACACACACCAGAGGAGGUUCUGACCUAGUCUUGGCUUGUAGACGAGAAGGUGGUGGUAAGAGGGACACACAAAAGAUGAAAACUCUGAUUUGAGAAGAAUACCUGUUGAAAAAAGAGUCUGCUCAUGGAGGUGUUAUGGCGGAGAGGUGAAUCUACGUCGUCGAUAAGAAUACCUGUUGAAAAAAGAGUCUGCUCAUGGAGGUGUUGAGAUGAACCACGUUUUUUUUGAGAGAACUUUUUGCAACUGCACUAGCGGAGAGAGAUGUUGAAGAUACGUCUUUGAUUGCCCUGGCGUAGAGGUGAGUCUACGUCCAUCAUCGUAGGUAUGACCCCUUGUCCACCAAACAUUUAAAAUUGUCCCCCAUUCUUGUGAAACCUGAAAUAUUGAUGCAGUAAGUAAUCGUCUUCGUGUUUUUUUUAAUGUCCCUCAGAAAUCGCGAAUUCUAAGAUGAUUUUCUGCCAGCUUCUCUAAUCAAAAAGAACUUCAACUUUCAAGAUAAUUUUCGAAAAAAAUAGAUCAAUCAAUCGUGGAUUCUCACUCGUUGUUGAAAAACUAAAGUGUUGUGUUUUGAAACCCCAAUAAUAUUCUUGUUGAAAUGUACCGAAUCAUGUUACACCUCAAUAUUCUGAUUUCUUCCUGUAUGAAAAUUGAUUGUCAACAUUCUUGUAAAAGUAUUCGUUUUGUUUAUUUCUCAAAAUCAUUGUGUCAAUAAUAUCGCACACACAGGAACUGCUUUUGGUAUUUUAAAGGUUGUUCUCUGAUUUUUCCGUUGAAAAUAUUAGUAUCUUCGUCCAGGAUCAACAGGACACUUUCGCUAGAGCACUACAUUUCCAACUUGUUGAAAUCCAAAAAAUUAUACCUCCAAAAAUACUAGGAACCAACAGCUUUUUAAGUUGUUGUUCUUUUUUUUGACAAUAAAUAAGGUUAUAAGUUUAGUAAAAACAAAGUCAGAAACCUCCAUAAGGACAAGAUGGCGACAAUCGACCGGCAGGCGUUUAUCACUGCCGACAGAAAGGGAGGCCUGUUGGAGUGGUACGAUGUGGAGACCAAGGCCAUGGGUACCGGAACCUACGGCUCAGUCGUCAAGGCUAUCGAAAAGAAGACCAAGACCGUGCGAGCAUGCAAGGCUAUGGCGCGUACCACUUAUAUUUUGCGUGUUUGACUUUAUUUCAAUUCCAGAGGAAGUAUGUUUGAUCAGGAAAUAUACAUCUGAAUCUGAACUCGGAAGUGAUAUGCAGGAAUCAAUCUCUAGUACUACAACUACUACCAGCUAAACCUCCAAUUUCGAUAUUGUCCUUACCUACCUACCUAUCUUCCUACCACCUUUUUCAGGAAAAAACAUCAAGAACGAGAACCGUUUCCGUGAGGAGAUCGCUUUGAUGAGGAAGCUUGAUCAUCCGAAUAUUAUUCGCUUGUUUGAGACGUUUGAGGAUCAUAAAAACAUCUACCUGAUUCUAGAGUUGUGCACUGGUGGCGAGCUCUUCGAUGCCAUCGUGAAUGCGGGUAAUAAGAUGUUUUUCCGUUUUAGUUUCCCCUGUGAUGGUUAGAUGUUACUAGCAUUUGAUGAUUUGGGUGGAUAAUGUCACUAGCCUUUGAUGAUUUGGGUGGAUAGAAGAUGCUUACAGACAACUAAAUCGUAAAAACCAAGCUCUUGACCGACUUACUGUUUUUAACUUACGUCAAUCACUACCGGACAAUCAAAGCAACAACGGACCACGCCCUCUACAACAGCGUCAUCUUCGUCUUCAAGGUCAUGGUUAUACUAGUGGCCUCUUCUACAUAGAAGUUGUACGAGUACUACAUAGAUGCUCAUAUAUAGAUUUAGACUGAAGAUUUUAUACAAGCGAGCUCGUAUAAAACUAGAUUAGUACUGAAGACGGUCUGCUAGUCUCUCUGUUGAUUACCGUCUAAGACUCUCAUUAUUAUCGACUUAGAUACUAUGUAAGUAGUUGUACGAGUACUACAUAGAUGCUCAUAUAUAGAUUUAGAUACUAAAUGUAAGUAGUCCAAAAAAUAACAACCAAAUCGUAAAAACCAAGGUUUCUUGACCGAGAAGGAUGGCGCUGUGUUGGUGAAACAAAUGCUUGCGGCUAUUUUCUACCUUCACGACAAUCACAUCAUGCAUCGAGAUUUGAAACCGGAGAACUUUCUGUUCUAUUAAGGCUGUACCUAAUACAUCUUUGGACGCAUCCUUGAAACGUAUGGAGGAGUAUCCUAAGGGAAUACUCCUCCAUACUUUUCAAGGAUGCACUUGAAAGAUGAAUUACGGACAGCUCUAAUUCUACAACAAGGAAGCCGGAGCGCCCUUGAAAGUCAUCGAUUUUGGUCUGGGUGCCAAAUUCAACAAGGGAGACCGAAUGGCAACCAAGGCAGGUACACUACAGGGACGAUCUAAGUAGUUUAAUACUUGUUUUCAAUCAAUCAUGUUCAUGUAAGAAGUUACAUUAAAUAGACCACACUUCUUGUUAAACUUUCAAUGGUCAUGACCACACUUGUCAAACAGUUUCACCACCACGCGCACCUGCACGUUCACCCCUUCAAAUUCUCACGAGACAUGAAGACAUGAUACAGCAGGAUAUCUAUUGCACGUAAGUCCCCGUCCCGUCCCCCUUUACCUCAGGAAUAGGCACAUCAAUCACUCAAUCUUCACCUUGGUCUGCAGCAAUCUGGCACAGCAACAUGAAACAGAAGGCACAGCCAAACAUCAGCAAAUUUAGCAAAAGGUCCACCAACAGCAACAUACUGCAUCUUCACCAAAUAACAAAUAACGUCCACCAACAGCAACAUACUACAUCAACAACAACAUCAAAUAAAGGUACACCGUAUUACGUUGCUCCCCAAGUCCUGAAGGGAGAUUACAACGAAAAGUGCGACAUCUGGAGUAUUGGUGUCAUUACCUUUAUCCUCCUCUCCGGGUACCCGCCAUUCUACGGCGAAAAGGACAGCGAAAUUCUCGCGAAGGUACCUUGACAGAUCUUUUUGAAUUUGAAUUUGGAUAAUUAUGCCAAGAACAAGAUUUUGAAUAGUGCGGGAAUAGUACAUUAAGAAGUGCGGGUUAAGAGCAAUAUUCCCAAAUAUAAAGAUAAGGGAAAUUUAGACUUUCGGUAUUUUGUUGAAAAAAGGAUAGAAUGGAAUACGCAUCGCUCUCUUAAUGCAGGUCCGCAAGGGUGCAUUUUCUUUCCCAACUGAGGCUGAGGAUGGCGUCGAGUUCAGUUCCGGCAUCAAGGAUCUGAUCACAAAAAUGCUUGCGUUCCAGGAGGACGACAGGGUAUAAGUCUUUUGUUUUUUGUUAGGAAGAUCGUUCCUUGAAUUCUAAGGCUCUCGAGAUUGUUCCAGCUGGACUUGCUCAUGAUCAACAAUCACUUACGUCUGGGUUACAACAUCCAGGAGCAUCAGGCUAAUUUUUUUCCUGGUUGUAUAGGCUGCUCUAAUAGUACUAGAGUACCUGAGACUUAUACCUGAGACUUUAAUAGUUGUAGACCUCCAUUCAUUUCAAGAUCUACAUAUUAAAUGUGCUAGUUUCUAGCGAUUCCCUUUUCCCUCACGUUAUCCCUCCCACUACCUCCCUCCCAUUACCUUCCUCCCAUUACCUUCCUCCCAUUACCUCCCACACCCCACAGCCAUCCGCCCAAGCCUGCUUGGAGCACAAGUGGUUCGCUGCUAUGGCUAACGCCGAAAGCCACGAAAAGGUCUCCACCAAGGCUAUCUCCAACCUGAAGUCAUGGCACGGAACUCAGAGGAUAAAGAAAAUCGCACUUACCGCUAUCGCCACUAGUUUGACCGAGGCAGAGAUCGGCAGUCUCAAGGAAACUUUCCAACUUUUGGACAACAACGGUGAUGGAACUCUCACGCUCGAGGAAAUCAAGUACUCCUACUUGAUAUUUGAUCGAUAUAAGUUUUCAAAGCAUUAUAUAUACUGUAUCUUUUUCUUGAAUAAAUCUAUCCCCAAUGAAUUUCAAAAUAUGCGAUUUCAGGCUUGUUCCCCGUUCCUUUGUUCGAUUGUUUUUUUUUUUCUCCGAAAAUUGUCAAAACUCAUCUCAAUCCUUGUCCACACUCCUCAUUGCACUGUGAAAAUAACUCAUCUUAUACUAUAAACCCAUCUCAAGAAUGAUCCUUCUUCAAAGACAAUCCCCCUCUACCAAUUCGCCUAAACAGGGCUGGUUGCAAGCAGCAUUCAGUUUCGCUGCCAUCGAACUUUGACGAGGUUUUUCUGUCCAUCGACAGUGAUGGCAGCGGACGCAUCGAUUACACGGAGUUCAUAGCUGCGACUAUGGAGACCAAUUUGAGUCAUCGUGACGACCUCCUCUGGGCUGCCUUUCGGGUACGAUAUAAACUACUCUUGAAUUGAUAAGAAUUUAUUACCUUCGUCUACAACGGCACCGACUUUACUCAGGUCACCUGCCUCGGUGCAUGUCGUCGACUUUACUCAGGUCACGUAUACAUCCUCAGAGUCGAGCCAGGUGCCGGGGGGCUUCGAUGUGCAGGAUUCACAACCUAGCCUAACCUUCUGAUCGAUGACCCAAUAAGACGCUAAUUAUCCCUGACUUAUUAGAUAUUAUUACCUCAAGAACUACUGUCAGAAUAAGACUCUUCAUCUUUGAGAUUACACUGAGUUUUUUGAUAUUCUAAGGUCCUCUACCUGCUUAUUACCUCAUAACUUCAUUUUUUUUCUUUCAUCUCAAGUACGGGGUUAGUCUAAUGUUGUCACUCUCAACAUCAUAACAUCUCUCUCUCUCAUCAACAGCUUUCAUCUCCUUCUUGUUCUAUUAAGUCCUGCGAACGACCUCUUGCUAGGUAAAUGAAUGAAUGAAUAUUACUAGGUAUUCGACGUGGAUAAUGAUGGUAAGAUUACCGUUGACGAGCUUGCCCGCGUGAUGAAGGGGGACGAGAUGCAGACUUCACUCCCCAAGGCAGAGCUGCAGAAGAUCGCAAACUUGAUGGUCGAGUACGACACCAACAAGGAUGGCUGCAUCGACUUCGAUGAGUUCAGGGAAAUGAUGCGUGACAAGUAG